CUGGACCGUCUGCGAUGCUGCUCUAGUCCUCCGCGGGCUACCAACACAUAUUCGAUGAUCCUCGAAACGACCACCUCCCGCCUCCGCAGCUUCGUCCGCGCCGCCGACUGGCGCAGGCGAGUCCACAGCCUCGCGGUCGUCGCGCCCGUGCUCGCCGCCGUGCUCGCGCCGCUCUCGGUCUUGCUCGAUAUCCCGGCCCUGUCCGAGCGGUGGUAUAGGAGGGAUGGGAAGACUAUCGCGGAUCCGCCUGCGUCGCUCACGCUCUCGGCGGUCGGGCUCGCGUUCAACGUUAUCGCCAACGCGCUUCUCAUCGUACGGUUCUCGUUGACGGCGCGGGCAUCGCGAUUCGCGACCAGGCUCAGCGUCCCAUUUUGGGGGCUGAAGGUCGCCACUUCGUUCGCGAAUCUCAUCACGUUCGGCCUCCUCACCCGGAACCAGCCCACUUUCUCGUACUACGAAGGGUUCUGGUGUGCAGUGGUGUCCUGCAUAUUGUCCGGAGUCAUCCUCCUCCUGUUGUUCCUCCACUGGUGGUCCGAGCUCGGCGACAAGCGGCACGGCCGUCCGAUCAACCAUAAGAUCCACGUCUCGGGGCGCCACUACAUGCUCCACAGCACGUACUUCAUCACGCUCAUCGCGAUCGGCGCUCUCGUCUUUUCCCGCAUCGAGCACUGGACGUAUCUCGAGGGCAUCUACUUCACCAUCGUAUGCUUCCUCACCGUCGGCUUUGGCGACUUCUUGCCGACGACUGCAGCCGCGCGCGUGCUGCUCUUCCCCUUCGCACUCUUGGGCAUUGCCUCCCUCGCCUCGAUCAUCGAGAUGCUCAUCCGCUUCUUCGCUUCCAGAAGCGAGCAACGCAAGGCGAAACUCCGCGCCCACUUCGAAGCGCUUCGCGAACGGCGGCUCGCGCAAGAGGGCGCCGGAGACGAUCUCGCGCGCGAGGUCGCGUUCCUCGAGCGGCUACACCACCUGCAGGACACGGCCGACCAGGCGACGGAGGUCGCGCUCAGCUUUGGCGGAUUCGUCGUGUUCUGGCUCGUUGGCGGCGCCAUCUUCUGGGCGAUCGAGGGCUGGCCGUACGGCACGAGCCUGUACUUUUGCUACCUCUUCUUCCUCACCAUCGGGUUCGGAGACGUCGUGCCCGUGACACCGGGCGGACGCGUGGUGUUCAUCGUCUACUCUCUCAUCGCCGUGCCGAUCAUGGCCUCCUUCGCGGUGCAGACGAUGACGUCCAUCCUCACCCGCUUCUCAAGCUACCGGCUCGACAAGCAGCUCGCGGCGCUCAUCGCCGUCGAAGACGCCGAGGCGGCGAGCGUGCGGGACGCGCCGAUCGUCAGCCACGCGGAGUUCGUCAGGCGGUUCGACAGGCUGUGGGAGAUGCGCCGGCGCGACGCGAGCGACCCCGGAUCCGACGCGUCUUCGCCCGACCCUUCACGGCGCGGCGCGUCACCCGACUCGCGGCAGGCCGAGGGGGAAGACGAGGCGCCGGACGUCCCCGCGGACAAGCUCGAGCUCGCGGACAAGAUGGUUGAGCUCGCGGUCGAGCUCGAGGCGCACGCGCGCCGGCUGCUGAUCGCGUAUCUUCCGCACGGGAGUCGCAUGCAGACCUUGCUGAAGGCGGAUCGCAACAUACAGAUCAGGGAGUCGCGCCCGACGUUGGACGAGGAGAAGGUGUUAUCACCCCCGCCGCCGGCCGAGGAGCUGCGCGACGAGACGGCGAUGGAAGAGGUCCGGCGGUACCGCGAGUGCUUCGCGGCGCUGCUCGUCGCGGGCAGUCGGCUGCGCGGGCUAGAGGGCGAGGAGAAGUACGCGUUUGAGCGAAGACGGGCGUCGAGCUUCAGCUAGUGCGGGGGGAGCGCACGACGACAUUCUAUAUAUUUUUGGUCCGCACAUCAUGUACUUCUAUAGACUCGCAUCGGGAUCGCAAAGCUGGAGGGCUUGAUAUUCCGCAUUGGCGCAAGUGACGAAGAAGC